AACCAACUUCGACCGAGCAACUACAGUGUACCUUCUGAUCAAAUCAUAGAAAUGGACGUUCAAUACGUUGUAAGCAAGAACCAUUUUUGUCUUGCCAUCAGUAUGAUAUUCACUACAUCUAUCCCAUUCGAAUUUCGAAAAGAUGACAAGGAAACGAAAGAGACCGGCUUACGACUCCCAAGGCGAUGAGGCGCUCGAUCUGCUUCAUUCCGAAACUUCAACAGACAUGCGUGAACCAUCCUUAGGCCUCAUCCCUCCUAUUGUUACCCUUCCUUCAGCUAGGGACACCACUGUAACCAAGGUACAGCUUUUACCAUCAAAAUGCAACACAGCUUAAUCCACCAUCAGGAGGCCGUAACAGUGGACGACUUCAUUCGUCAAAUUACUGCGAGGGUGCCUGGACCGCGGCGCAAACGGCAGCUACGGACCGUACAAUUGCAAGAUACAUCCACUUCUACAGGCGGUGAGAAUAGUCAGCCAGCUACUCGGCCUGCUCCCGCUAAGGUCUGCACCUCAAAUGAAGGUCGUAACAAGCCCGGCGAGGACAGGAAAUCGAUGACUCUGGCGCAGAGGCUGGCCCGUGCUGCUAUUCUUUCCCAUGUGGAAACGAAGGAAAUUCUGCAUCCUCCCGGUGUAUCCUCCUCUCGUCGGCCUCUCAACUUUGUUCCAUUCCCGAAAUUCGCAACCCCUCCCUCUUCGCCGAGGAAGAAAAUUAUUAAACGAUCAGCUUUUUCUCGUUCUGAGUCUUCUGCAGUCAUGCUGCGCAAUAAUCGACCCCAAAGGACAAAACGACAACCUGCUUUAGAGCGUCCUGGAUAUCCUCCUCUGCCUUUGGUUCCCUCACAUGAAGCGAAGGUCGCUGAUACCUCUGGAGCGCGAUCUCACUCCGAGGCUUCUACACUCAUACUCGACAAUAGUCGACGAAAGAGGCUAAAAAAACAGCCAACUUCCGAGCGUCCUGGUUAUCCUCGUUUGACCUUCAUUCCCUCACAUGAAGCAGAGGUUGCAUAUGCUGCAAUGUUUCCGUGAGUUGUCUUCUUUCAGACUAGAUAGGGAUGUUCGGUAGAUAGCCCAACAGACGCAGAUCUCUAAAACAACGCCCUACUUCCGAGCGUCCUGGUUAUCCCCCUUUGAACUUCAUUCCCUCACAUGAAGCAGAGGCUGCAUAUGCUGCAAUGUUUCCGUGAGUCAUUUUCUUUCAGGGCAGAUAGGGACGUUCGGUAGAUGGCCCGACAGACGCAGAUCUCUAAAACAACGG